AUGGCUUCCAUUAAGAGAAAAAGAAUCGUAUUAACCAUACAGGAAAAAUAUGAUAUUGUAACGAGACUAGAAUCUGGUGAAGCUGUUACAAAACUUGCAAAAGAGUUUCACGUUGGUGUGUCAACCGUGAGCGAAAUGAAAAGAAACUCGGAAAAAAUUAAAAAGUGUUUUGCUGAGUUUGAUAUCACGAAAGGUGCCAAAUUCCGAAAAACAAUGAAAUUAGCCGAUCAUACAGAUUUAGAUGCGACUUUGUACAAAUGGUUUGUGCAGAAAAGAUGUGAAGGAAUACCCCUAUCUGGACCAAUGAUUCAAGAAAAAGCUUUGAUUCUCAACUCGAAGCUUGGUGGUUCUGAUGACUUCAAAGCCAGUAGUGGCUGGUUAGAGAAAUUCAAAAUUCGCCAUGGUAUACGGCAACUCAAUAUCGAGGGGGAAAAAUUGUCUGGAAAUGUCGCAGCAGUUGAUUCAUUUGUUGCAAAGAUUGAAGAUUUGAUAAGAGAUGAGAAUUUAUCCCCAGAUCAAAUUUACAACUGCGAUGAAACCGGACUGUAUUGGAAGGCCCUUCCUGAAGAAACUUUAGCUGCGGUAAAUGAAACUUCUGCUCCCGGAAGGAAACGAAUGAAAGAUAGGGUCACUGUUUUAGCCUGCUCCAACGCAUAG